CAACAACACACACGGACAGCAGCAACAUUGUUGUUACACAACGUGUGUAUUUUUAACGAAAAACUUACAUCAAUUACCAGUAAAAAACAAUGGCUGCGAAAGCGAUAAUCGGUUCUACGAGUAGAUUUGUAUCCAAAGUAAAUAAUACAGUUCUACCUACGAACAGAACGUCUUUGGCUGGGUGCUUCUACAGUGCAGUUUCAACAGAAAAUAAAAUUGACAAGAAAUAUAAGGUUUUGUAUGAUGGCGACUGUCCACUCUGUAUGCAAGAAAUGAAAGUGGUGAAGUACCUGAACGACAAGAGGCAAACCCUAGACCUUGUAAACAUUGCGUCUCCAGACUACAAACCGGAGGACAAUAACGAUAUCUCAUACGAGACGGCUAUGGAUGUUAUGCAUGUCAUUGGGCCUGAUAAACAGGUUUACACCAAGGUAGAUGCUGUACAUGAGUUGUAUUCAGCCCUUGGAGCGAGGUGGAUGGUUGCCUACAUGAAGUGGCCCAUUCUCUCCACACUCUUUGACAAGUCAUACAUGGCGUUUGCUCGGAACCGCCUUCGAUGGACGACGGGGUGGCGUAGUGAGUGCGAGGAUAACAAAUGCCAGACACCCCCUAAAACCGCUGCCAAAGACCACUGAUGGAGAUUGUCAUAAUUAACAUUAGAGUCUUCCUGUUAAUAAUGGCCCAACUGGGACCGACAAAUCGACCAGCUGGACGCCAAGACUUUGUUUGAUUUCAAGAACCUCACAGAGUUUAAUCGUAACUAUAAUUUGGCUGGAUUAAAGGCACUGGGCACUAUUGGUAUUUGGUAAUUAUUCAAAACAGUCAAAAUAAUUGUUGGCAUA